AGGAAAGUGUGGGCUUCUCUGCUCAGACGUCUACCCCCAUGAUCUAAACCUAGAUAAGCGUCAGAGAAUGGAUGGUUGGAUGGAAUCUUGCAGAAGUCCAUGGAGAGCUUGCAUGGGGCUGACUUGUAAGUACUCAGCAUUUAUUUUUAAACAGCUGUGUUUAUGGACUACAUCAAAUACCAGUUUACCAAAUGUGAAUGCCAAUCAAAUUGUCAGCUCAAGAACUAAUUAUCUGAAUAAUAACUAAAGCAAACAGGAUUAGAUCUUCCAAGUUAUUCCAAUACUGAAAUAUGUGCAAUAAGACGAUACAAGCUGAUCUACAUCCUGGCUUCAGUUGCAAUUUGACAACGGCUCAUUUGAAAUCUUGGAAAUUGCUAAUGAUGUCACAUCACUGCAGCCUGGAAAUAAACAGAAACCUAUAGGUUUCAAGAGAGAAGCAAAUACAUAAGACAAAGUGCAAAAAUCGUCACUUUGACAGGAAAUGUAGAUCAGAUUUGUUGUAGGUCUGUCUGUUUGAUUAUCCUUGUGAAGUAACCGAGCACAUUCCUUUCAUUAAUGGCGUCCAGGUGAAUGGUCUGUCUGUGCGUUUCACUAAGCAGUCCUGUCAGUUGGGUGAGUGUAGAAGUGUGUUGACAUGGUUUACACAGCUGUCUGUACACACUGAAAUGUUCCGUUUAAAGUCCUAAACUCUAAAUGUUUCCUAACCCUCUACUGAUGCAAUCACACAGAUGACUGAACUGGAGAAAAGAGCACGCAGAGAGGCGUUUCCACUGAAUAAAUAACAGCUGCACAAUUAAAUCAGUGACUUCUUUACUGAGAAUUAGGCUACUGUACCCUUAAGAUGAAUAAGUUCUCAUUAUAAGUCACAGGUUGAUGACACAAUGGAAAGAUACUAUUGUAUGAGCUUGUUUCUUUUGUCUGCCUUCUGGCUGCAGUGCUCUGCAUGCUGCUGCUCUGGUCUGUACAGCUGCACUGCAGAGGCUUUUCGGUCGGCGGUAACCGAGCGGUGACUUGUCGUGUGUCUGUGUUUGUAGAACACGGGUUCACUUUAACAUGCCUCAUGAUGGAACUGGGUGAUGGAUGACAGGAAAUGAUGUGUUUAUCCCUGAGAACUGACAGUUUUCUGGCUUUACUCGACGCUGCAUCCUUGUCUCCUCCCCCACACCAUCACUUUCUCUUUCUUCCCUCAUGACUCUGUGCCCGCUCUCUUCUUCCUUACUACGCUUCUCUCUCUACAUCCUUCAUUCUUCUUUCUCCUAUUCUCCCUCCCUCCCCUCCCUUCUGCUCUCCUCUCCUCCGAGUGGCGACACUGUGACUGCCUGCGUCAGCCAGCCCUUGCCAGCUAGUGAAAGCUGCUACUGGAGAUUGCCGUAUCCUGCAGAGAUCCCUGUGUUUGUGUGUGUGUGUGUGCCUAUGUGUGUAAGUGUAUGAGUGCACGCAGAUGGGAAAGCAACUGAAUCAGGGAGGGCUGCCUCUCAUCUCUCCGCUGUCAUCGCCAUCCUUUCCUCUCCUCCUCCUCUGCUGCCAUGGAGCUCCAGCAGGCUGAAUCACAGCAGCAUCUGCAGAAAGGGCUGAGGUAGAUGUGAGUGUGUGUGUGGUGCUCUGUUGGGCCAUUAUGGAGUGUGUGUGUCUGGGAAGGUGGACGUCGGGCUCGGCCGUCGUGUUCCUUCACACACUGGCCCUGUCCUGGACAGGUGCAAUUGAGCCCGUUCCUAAAAUUGACGGAUGGCACCGGGGAGGUGUGACGCUGCAGGAGAAUGUGACACACCGGUUCAACUGCCAUUCAGAUGGCUGGGACCCCCACGCCCCUCCCAUGCUGACCUGGUAUUUGAACGGCGAGCAGCAGAGAGAUCCAUCACCAAACCGUGGCCGUCUGGUCAUGACAUCACAAGAGGAUUCUGAGGUGAUGAGACCGGGGUCCAGUCACAACAGCACCUUCUCUUUGAGGGCCAGAAAGUGGGACAGGGAACUGGUGUGUGUCGCAUCAAACCCCAGGACAGGCGAGAGCUACAACGCCACGGUCACGCUCAAUGUCCAGUUCCAGCCAGAAAUCCUCAGGGUGAAUGCCCACUAUAGUGAAACCUCAGACCCUGGCCUCUCCCUGGUCCUCUUCGCCUUGGUGCGGUCAAAUCCACCUGCCACGAUCACCUUUGUUGACCAGUCCGGCCAGUUGGUGGCCAAUACCUCUGACUUCCUCAUUCUGGACUCACGAAGCUACCCGUGGCUGACCAAUCACACGCUGAGAAUCACGCUCAGCAGUCUAUCAGGAAAUGUCUCGCUGAAUGCCAGCAACAGUGUGGGAACGGCGCAAAGCAACCUCACACUGGCAGAGUUCCUGCAGUCUCGUGUGGAGGUGCCCAUGCUGGGAAUCGUGACCGGAGGAGCCAUGGCCUUCAUGGCCCUGCUCAUCCUCAGCCUGAUAGUUCUCUGCCUCAUGCAAAAAAACAAGAGCAAGUCUAUUGAGGAUACAGUGGAGAUUGUGAUGACCAAGAAGAGCGAGUCAGCCAAUCUGAAGCCGGAUAAAACUGAUAAGACCCACAUCCCCAGGGAGAACAUGUCCCUGCCUUCAAACAUGCAGCUCAACGACCUCAGCACUUUAAGGAAAGCCCGGGAGGCCGCCCAGCAGAACAGUGUGGGAGAGGAGAAGAAAGAGGAAGAUGAGGAGGAAGAUCUAUCUUUAGCCUAUGCUGCCAGAGGUUUUGCCAGAUAUCCAAUGGUGGGCUACAUCUAUAAGGUGAACAGCACAAGCAGCGAGGAGAUCUGGCUCUGACGUCCCUGAAUGUAACGCACAUACUGUACAUGCAUGCUACUUCAAAACAGUCCAGCCGUCCCAGAAGAAACACAGAGCAACUGCCACUCAACCAACAACUCAGGCUGGACUGACACGAACAGGAUCCAGGAUCUUGUUGGUGGAGUUUAACACCAUUCUGCUGACCGCAUUGUCAUGAUCACGAGUUUCAUAACCACACAAGGAAACUGUCUGUGUGUUUGUUACCAAGUGCUCAGUAUUUACACUGCUGACAUGUUGUCUAACAGUAUGAACUGCAAAUGAAGCGCUCAUCUUUCAGUUUGUUUCGACAUGAUCUCCUGUAAACAUGCUCAUAAUGUCCCUCCUCUGUGUUGCAUUACUGGAAUGCAUUAAAUGUUCUAUGCUAACGCUGAUACCUUAAUAAGAUGGUGCAUAAUUAUAGAAUACGUAUCUGGUCAUGGAAAUGUUAAGAUGCAAUGUACUGUAUAUUUGUAUGCAUAUGUAUAUGUGUAUAAAAGAAGAUGUCUAAUAAAGAUAAUAUCGAGACUGUGUGGAGGCAAAAG